AUGGAAAAGGAUAUACUAGAUCUAAAAGUUGGAGUUCUGAAUUGGAGAAACGCCAAUUUUGAGGGAUUUUAUAGAGAUAAGUUAUGGAUUCAGUGUGAGAAUGAAACAUGCUCAAAGUGGAGACUUCUAACAAAUAAUGAUGCUACACUUGUGGAUUUGAGCAAGCCUUGGUACUGUCACAUGAACAGUGACUCUUGGUUUAAUUGUUGUACUGUACCUGAAGAAGGAUACCCUGAGGAAUCUGUAUUCCAUAAGUGUGGACUGAAGUUUGUCUACUCGCAACUUCCUUUGGGAAGCCUGGUUUUAGGCAAAGUGUCAGGAUGGCCCAGCUGGCCUUCCAUUCUUUGUCCAGAUGGUUUUACUGGACAAUAUGUGACAUAUGAUGAGGAUGGCUUUGUAGAACAGUAUCACGUAGAAUUCUUGGGAAAGCCACAUGCCACAAGUUGGGUUGAAGUGCAAUAUGUCGAAACCUAUUGCACAGGAGAAUUGGCAGAAAAUGUAAAGAAAGCCAGGCGGUGGUAUAAAAGUGCAUUGGAAGAAGCAAAGGUGUUGUCAAGACUUAGUUCUGAAGAGAGACUCAGAAUGUGCCAUCUGAGCUGUCAAGAACUCAAUACUGAUGUUAUUGCCAGGAAACUGAGCAAGGGUUUGCUGCUGCAAAGAACACAUCAGUUAUGUGACUGGAAAGCUACAGCUGCUCAAGAUACCAAACUGAAAGGUUCCACAGAUGAUGAAGAAGAUUGCAUGUUAAUUGAUGGAAUAGAAUUUAAGACUGGGAAGUGCAUUGAAGAAAUCACAAACCAGUUGAAAGAGAUUGAUAUUCUUAUGGCUGAGUUAGAAGGGUGCUUUUAA